UUACUCUUCUUAGUGGGUCAAAAAUUCAAAUAGAGUCUUGAGAAGAACUUUCGAAUAUAAAAAUAUCGAAAAAGGAAAUAUAAUCCAUGUGUAAUCAUGGAAAAUAAGAAUAAAAUACAAUAUCUUAUUGUUGAUACAAGUGCUUUCAUAAAGAAUGCUGCCUUACAGGAUAUUGGAGUUAAUAUUUUGACCGAGCAAGCUGUCAUCAAUGAAAUAAAAAAUAAGAAACAGUUGAGAAAAUUGGUUGUACUACCGUAUGACUUAAAGGUUCAGGAAGCUUUUACUGAAAAUAUUAAAUUCGUGACCGAAUUUUCAAAGAAGAGUGGCGAUUAUAUCAGCCUAUCUGCUACUGACCUCAAGGUAAUUGCGCUGACAUAUCAAUUGGAAAAAGAAAAAGUCGGAUCGGCACAUCUGAAAGAGACUCCAACAAUAAGAAUUAUUAAACCUACAACUGAUAAAGAAAGCAGGGAUGAUCUUAAACUGCCAGUUGGAUUUUACAUGCCGAAGAAAAAAGAGAGAAAUGAAGUGGUUACAGAUAAUGUAAAGGCUUCUUUGAAUAAUAUGGAAAAAACAGAUGUUAUUGAAGAAAAUGUCACACACGUACAGAUUAUACGUGAUUCGGCGAUAGAUGACACAAUAAAUAAUACAAAAAUAAGUGAUGUGGAAAAACAAUUUACUCCUUACACAUCUGCAUCUUCAAACGAAUCACAGUCAGAUUACGAAACGGCAUCGUAUAAAGAAGAUGAUAAAACAAAUGAUUUAGCUGAUAAAUUUUUCAAACUAAAGUGCAAUCCUGAUUUGGAAGUAGAGGGUAUAGGCAUGUAUGCCAUGGACGACAUUCUUGCUUCUGUUGAUAAAUUCAAAAGUGAUAAAUCAUUUGAGGACACAGAUAAAGAUGACGAUGAUAGUGAUAGUGGUUGGAUCACACCAGCAAAUGUUUCCAGCAUAAAGAAGCACAUGGAUUCGGAAAUUCUUGAAGAAAAGACUGCGACUGUCGCGUGCUUAACCACGGAUUUUGCAAUGCAAAAUGUACUCGUGCAAAUGGGAUUAAAUGUGGUUGCAUUAGAUGGCAGAGUGAUUAAACAGAUGCGAACAUUCAUAUUCAGAUGUUACGCCUGUUUCAAGACCACUAGUAUCAUGACAAAGAUCUUCUGUCCACAUUGUGGUAACAGGACGCUGAAGAAAGUAGAAAUCACAUUAGACGAGAAUGGAAAGCAACAAAUUCAUAUCAAUUUUCGACGAUCUCUUUCGGCUAAAGGAAAAAGGUUCUCAUUACCAACGCCGAAAGGUGGGAAACAUGCUAACAAUCCCAUUUUAUGCGCGGAUCAACCAAUGCCGAAACAACGCCCGUCACGUUUGGCGCGUAUAAAGAACGAUCCGCUCGACGAUGAUUAUGUAGUUGGGUAUUCUCCAUUUGUUAUGCGUGAUAUAAAUUCGAAGUCAGCUAUGCUGGGCAUAAGACCGGAUGGUAUUGUCAAAUACUGGAUGAAAAGAAAUCCUAAUGAAUCCAAAAAAAGACGAAAAUAAAAACUGUUUAUUAUUAAAUCAACAUUAUUA